AUGAAUCCGUGUUAUAUCAGUUAUGGAAUACGGUUUGAAAUGAUAACACAUAUAAUAAUCGCAACAGCAACUACAGCUCUUGGAAUUAAACUUUUCAUUCUCUACAGAUAUGACAAAAGCAAAGAAUAUCUCCGAAAAGCUAAUAGACUUGCCUUAAUUGACACCAGUGCCAUUAUAAUUUUCUCCGUCAUCCCUGCUACGCUUUCAACAAGUUUUAUUACAAUAGAUGUGGAUGUCUGUGGGAAUGUAUUUAUUUUGGGAAAAGUUUGCGGUUAUGUGUUUGAAGGAUAUCUGGCCCAUCGAACAUUGUAUAAAACUCAAUCGAAUCAAUCAAAUGGAAGCGUGUUGGUAGCUAGAGUGAAGGUUUAA